AUGUUGCCCCUCGAUAGUAGCUUCGGGCUCAUUAGCCUAUUCCUUGGCCAGCUGCAACUGCUGCGGACCUAUGGGCUUUCUUUGACCCAAGUAGAUGUAUGGGACGGCCGCUCGGUCGCUGGCCAAGAGGAUGCCCAGAUCUCAUAUAGCCGAAGGUACGCAGCUUCCUCUUUAGGCCUCGAUACCAAGCUGAGCGACAUGACGAAUAUGCACUUCGACCCCUACCCAUGCCGAGAAGUAGGAAGGUCUGUUGCUGUUCCUCACUACUUUUGCUCAAGUGUUGGCUGGGCAAGCGAUAAGCUGCUGCCGGCGCAUGCAAGUUGA